AUGCGCUGUCGCCCCAUGUUCCUGCUCGACGCGGGCGAGGCCAAAGAACUCGUACCGCUCAAGAUGCUGUUCGUCACGCACUACUACUGCAACUCGCUCAUUGCAUAUUUAUCGAUUUUCUUCGAAGGGAAGGGCUUCUCCACCAGUAAAAUCGGCAUUCUGCUUGCGCUUCCGUGUCUGUGCACGCUGCUCGGACCUCCGAUAUGGGGAGCGAUAGCGGAUACGCUACGCCGCCACAAGCAAGUUCACGUGUUGUGCCACAUCACAGCUGCACUUCUCGUGUUCGCCAUCCAGUUUGUGGAUUCGUUUCCGCUCAUGUGCGCGACGAUUUUCGUGGCGUAUCUCCAGAUGAUGCCCACCAACGCGAUGCUGGACCUCGCCGCGAUGAAGCUCACUGGUCGAUACGGAGGCGAUUUCGGCAAGCAGAGGCUCUAUGGAGCUUUCGGUUAUGGCGUCGGCGGGUAUAUCUCCGGUAUGAUGGCAUCUGCAGUCGGAAUUGAUUGGUGCUUCACGAUGAUGCUCGGGAUGGCGUGCAUCUCGUUGUUCGUGCUGAUGUACUACAUCCCCUCCGGCUAUGGGGACGACAACGAGCCGACAAGCCACAAAGGACUACUGCGGAGCAGUGCGAAGGUCAUCGCCCGACGGCCCGACGUUCUCGUGCUAUUUGUUGUGGCUCUGGGGGCUGGCAUCAGCGGUGGAUUCAUCGAUAGCUACCUUUUCCUGAACGUGUACGACCUGUCGGACGACGGAGAGACCAUCGUAAGUGUCUUCGUUGCGGUGGAGACGCUGUCCGAGAUACCGAUCUUUUUCCUGUCCAACUCCAUGAUUGAGAGACUUGGGACGGCGCUGUGCAUCGUUGUCGUCAUUGCCGCUUUCUUCGUUCGCGGGGUAGUUUACGCUUACAUGACACAGCCUUGGUACGUCGUGCCACUUGAAAUGCUGCACGGCGUGACGUUCGGGUUGCUGGCAGCGUCGUUGACCACGUAUCUCUACGCAGCGGCACCGAAAGGGGCAGCUGGUACAAUGAUUGGUUUGAUAUCUGCUUUCCAGCGGGGCGUUGGGGCUGGCAUUGCAUCCCUUGUUGGUGGCCAUAUCUACGACGAGUACGGGGUGCGUACGAUGUGGAAGCUCAGCACGUACGGGAUCGUCCCAGCAUUGCUUGUUCUUGUCGGCGUGUUUGCGUGGCUGGCCCGUCGUCAUGCCAGCGCCGCCGUGGAUUUGGAGGAACACCUCGUUGAGGGAAUCGCGUCCCCCGUUCAAGUAAGCAAAUAA